AUGCUGACUCAGGCUCCGAAAAGGGAAUCGGAGGAUGGUAGCCGACCGGGAAUCUUGAGAAUUGAGGCUCGCCCCCCAGGAAAUAGCGUUACUUACACUCCCGCCAAUACUCAAUUAAGGGACUCAAGUGAUGGCCAUGUAGGAAUAGCAAUUACAAUUGACGAUGGCAUGCAUAGCAAGACUAUUUCACACUCAGCCAGCAGCAACAAGCCCCAGUCUCAAUCUUGUACAGCCAAUCCAGGGCCGAUCACCCAGAACAACUUGAAUGAACCAGAUAUAGGCAUCAAAGAUCCUUUUUGGAGCUUGUACGUUAAAUUUGCUUCUUCUGGGGCCUCUGAUAACAACCAUAAAUACGACUAUGAAAGGGAUGACCUUGGAAGGAGCGGAAGAUUUUGGAAGGUUUAUGUCAAAGAGACCAAUGAAUGGGAUGCUGAGACAGUUGAUAGUUGGAAUAAGUCUUUGGAUGUUAUACUAGUGUUUGCUGCUCUUUUUUCUGCAAUAUCUACAGCGUUUCUCAUGGAGAGUUCCAAGAGGCUCCAGGAAGAUCCGGCGGAUGUUUCCGCACAGGCGCUUGCUGUUAUCUCUCAAACUCUGCUUGCUCUUACCAACGGCACUUCAACUUCAACUUCAGCUUCAAUGUCCGCCAAACAAAUCCCAUUUGUCCCUUCCAGCACCAUUGUUCUGAUUAAUAUUCUAUGGUAUAUGUCGCUUAGUGUCAGUGUUGUGGCAUCCUUCUUGGCUAUGCUAGCCAAGGAUUGGUGCCAUGCUUUCAUGACCGGCCGGAAGGGUGAAUUAUAUGUACAGGCGCGACGACGGCAAAAGAAGUGGACGAUGAUUGAGAAAUGGAAAAUGCAAGAACUCAUUCUGGUUUUGCCUUCCCUUAUACAUGUAUCACUUCUCCUGUUUGCGAUUGGCUUGUGUGUCUAUGUCUGGCAACUGAACGAUAUAGUUGCGAUUCCGUCUAGCGCAACAGUCCUUGAGCAUUUCCCAUAUACCACCAUUAUAUCCACGAUCCAACGGUCUAGCAUGCUGAAACCACUUUACUUAGCUAUACGACUUCUCUGUAUAUUGCUCGCUAUAUGCGGCGCUUGCCUAUCAAUGGGCGUUAUAUUCCCUCUAGCGUGUCUUUUCGACCUUUGCCUUCCUUCCAUGUCUGCCUUUCUCUUUGAUAGAAUGGCAUCCUUGAUCGAUUACAAUGCCAAAUGCGCCGACCGCUGGUUUCCAGAUAAGCCUGUGCCUGAAGAGUACGAAUCCCUUGACGACGAUAUUGUUACCAGCUCAGCACUGAGUUGGGUCAUUUCUAACUGCGAAGCGAUUGAUUCGGUGGAUAUUGCGCUGCAAGCACUCGCCAGCGCUUCCAUGUCCCUCCCCUAG